AAUACGGUUUCGAAGACUUCGAUGAUAAAAUUAGGCCCAUUUGUGAUAAGCCCAAUUUUAAUCACUUAUUGAGUGGGCCUUUUGUCUUGUGUGAUUCUACGUUGCGACUUGCGAGUGCAACGAAACGCGGCGGCGGAGACGGCUGAUCUGAUUUCUGCGGCCGCCGGGUACUGCCGUGUAGCUCUCUGCCCGGGAUUCGUAUUUUUGUAAAUUGAUGGAGUUACUCACUUCCUGGAAUCACGAUUCAAAAUCAGAAGUCGAAGAGAAAUCAGCUGCGGAGGAGUUGGGAUGGCUUAGCUACACAGCGGGCACCACGCUUCUCGCCGUGUGUUUCUCUACUCUGGAGGUCGUUUCCGUUAACCUCAAAAGAGUUGAUAAGGAUCGAUCACUGGAAUCACUUUGCUUAAAGUCUCUGAAUUGGUGUGGGACUUCACUGGUAUGCGACACGUUGUUGGCUAAAAGUCAUGCAAUCAUUCCUCGGCUGGUUUCGUGCCACCACUUGAAUCAAUAUUUAAGAUUAGUAGACUGCUGUCCGGCUCAGGCAGCUUUUAGGCUUACAUACUGUUGUUGAGAAUCGACUCACUGAAGAGCAUCAAUGGGUGUGUUUGUUGACCAACGAAGACAAAAAGGCUUCCUUAUGACUCUGAUCAUAGACUGCUGCACCGCACACGGAAUUUGUACCAGAUUUCCUAACAAAUAUCAGGCUAUCAGAUAUUUACAGUCUCCCCGGUGAAUACGUGGCAAUGAGUCCAG